AUGAGGGGGUUCCAGGAUUCGAGUGGAGCGCUUUGUUUGUUGGUCGUCCUCGCGCGAGAAGUAUUCACUCAAAUUUCCCCGACGCGAAUCGAUUCGGCAUUCAGCGCUGGACAGGAAUCCGUGGAAGAAUAUCGGGCGAAAAACGACGCUGCCUUCAGAUCAGGGUAUUACCUCAAAGGACCGAGUGCCCCUGCGCAGCAUCAGCACACUACAGCGGGGCGAGCACCGUCUAGUUUCGGUGAUCAUGCGAGGUUGUUCUGUGCCGCCACUCUAGAUCUCGUCAACAAGAAAUCGGUGUCGAGAGAUGCUACGAGCGGUCUCCGAAAUUUGACUCUCGAAAGCAACACUCGGGCAAAAGCCGCCCAGGAUGCCUGUAUCAAUGCAGUUCGCGAGAACUCCUCGUGCCGAAACGUAAAUCGCUACACUUUCGAUGGCUCGUGCAACAACCUCGGGAACCCGAUACUGGGACGGACGAAUACUUGUCACAAACGCCUCUUGCCCCCAUCUUACGAAGACGGGGUUGAGGAGCCGAGGCGAAGGAGUUUCUCAGGCGGCGUUCUGCCCAACGAGCGAGUGAUUUCGCUGAGGGCGCUCGACUACAUCUUACCCCGAGUUCGUGAUGAUCCUCAGUACAACCACAACAGGAUGUCCUUCGGACAAUUCAUAGCUCAUGACAUCACUUUGACACAUACGACCACUAUUGGAACUUCGAAUGCCCUGCCUGAUUGUUGUAGCCCGUCGACGCGGGUCGAGCAAUGCUUUCCCGUAACUAUCCCCUCUCCGGAUCGAGUCUACGGGAAUCGCGGCUGUAUGAACUUCGUUCGAUCCGAGCCAUGCCCGACGUGCCAGCUGGGACCGCGCGAGCAGAUGAACUCAGUCACAUCAUUCGUUGAUCUCUCCCUAAUAUACGGUCUCACCAGCCAGGGAAAUUUCAACUUGAGAACCGGAUCCGGAGGGUUGCUCCGGGGUCAAGCUCCUUACGAUACGGCCAGACCGUACCUACCUCUGUUCAUGCCGCCGACGACGCAGACAUUGGGCGAUGGCUGCAGUCAGCCUGGCCGUCCCUGCUUCACGGGCGGAGAUCCUCUACGCGUAAACCAGCAGAUUGGAAUAUCCGCAUGGUCCACGCUUUGGUUCAGAUACCACAAUUAUCUCGCUGACAGGAUCAACAGACACGCUCGGUCCAGGGGGGAACGAUGGUCCGAUGAGCGGAUUUUCCAGACGGCCAGGAGGAUUGCUCAAGGGCACAUGCAGAUCCAGGUUUACCGUGAAUGGUUACCAACCGUCGUCGGCUCGAAUAUUCUGUCCGUUUACAAGUUAGGCAUCCAGCGAACCCAGACCGACUACGACUCCGAUGGCGAUCCCUCUCUGUGGAGCGAGUUUGCGGGCGGUGCUUUCCGCUUCGGACACUCCUUGAUCCAGAAUGUGUUCAAGAACCGGAAUUACCAAACGGAUGUCGAUCAGCCGGAGUUCGACGUGCCUACGCGAGACGCUUUCAGCACGAUUCCGAACUACUACGACUUCAACUCCGAGUUCAAAUUCGAGAAUUUCAUAGCCGGCAUGCAACGCCAAGGAGGUGACGAAACUGUGACGUCAUUUUUCGAUGCGUCGCAGCCAAAGCAAAUCUCGUUCUCGUUCGCACCGGGUGUGGCGAACGACGUGUAUCGCAAUGCUACCGAGUCGUACGGUAUGGAUCUUGCAGCUCUGAACAUCCACCGCGGUCGAGAUCACGGUUUGCAGCCCUACUACAAAUACGCCGAGCUAUAUCUCAGUAGGGCGCAUGGCAGAAAUAUCAGAAUCCAGAAAUUCAGUGAUAUCCGACCUUUUUGGCGCAGCGAAUGCUACGACGAGCUGCCGAAGGUUUACAGAGAUAUUCAAGACGUAGAUCUGUACGUCGGUGGAUUGUGUGAAGUCUCACCGAUAUCCGGGUCCGUGGGGCCGACAAUGGGCACCAUAAUCGCGAUGCAAUUCCAACAACUUCGCUAUGCGGAUCGACUUUUCGUAAGCCACAGGAACGUUUUCACGCCCACACAAUAUGCAGAACUCCUGCGCACCGGCUGGCUCUACUGGGUCGUGUGCGCAUCGGCGGUGAAUCAGCCGGCCGUUUACAGAAACGCUUUCCGCCACGAUCUCUGGGAUUUCGAGUACUGCAGCGAUCUCAGAGAAAUUGAUGUCUCUCUCUUCACGGAUGUAGCAAGCUACGUCUGAGCGUAACAGUCUCAGAUAGAGGAGACU